UCAGUGUGAAAUUCCUUUGACUUCACUUUACGGUCCAGCCUUUGUCGAAUACUUUUGUUGUUAGCCUAAGUGUCCUAUUUUUCCCUUCAUCCAAACUAAUUCACUCAUUCGUGUAAUUUAUUUCUCUCUUGAUUGCGCGCGGCUCCUCUUUGAGAUUCUUGCAGUCCCCAACGUCACAGGCACUCUUCUGGCGGUGAGGACCACUGCUGAGGACUUGGGACUGUUAGAACCCUGAAACAGCGGUAAGAAGAGGGAGCAGGCAGCGGGUUCAGAAGGAGAGAACGUGUUGGAUAACAAAACGAAGCAUUUUACCCUCUGGAACAAGUCUGGGAAGGUUUCUGACCGGAAAGGAUACAAAGAACGGGAUACUUUUGGUUUCCUCGGUUCAAGCUCCAGAUGUCACCGCUUUGGGGCGAAAUCAAGUCAUACUCUCUGACAUAGCGCUUGGCAAGAUAAAUACGCACCGGUGCGAACAUAAAAGGAGUGCGCGGGGAAGGCGUUCUGGUUGUAACAUACUGUACCCUACAUAAAGCUUAACUUACAGCAAUAACUGAGAACUUAAAAGAGCACAGUGGACAGAUCGAGGUAUCUGCAUCCUUUACAUUAAGAUGACGGAUGUAUGACUCAAGUGUAGCUUUAUGUGACAUUUUAGUGGGACUAUAUAGUGCGCCCGCGAUGCAGAUUAACCCCAGCGAAUUAGGAAGAAGCGAAUGACACUGCAUUUCAUAUACCAAUAUUUUGUUAAAGAUUAUUAUCUCAUGUUAUUUGAUGUUGAACUUGGAUUGGAAAAGCUUCACAGAAAGCGACGCCACGACAGUGGCGCUAACGAUCUCGAGCGACCUCUUCAAGCUUGUGUCAUUGGACUGUUACUACAGAUUUGAAAAGGCACAUUAGGCGAGCAUCUUCGUUUUUGAGACAUGCUGAAAGGCCGAGGGAAAGCUUUGAUGUUGUGGGUUGUCUUAAUAACACCUUUUUGGGGGCUUAUCAGAGGGUUCCCCGCAAAACAGCCUACAAACAACACCCCGCAACUCAGAAGUGGAGUAUUUUUGGAGGCACAAUCACAGACGCCCUCCAGGGCUGUCCACCAUGGGCUGGAGGUCUUUAGGAAGCACAAGCAGGUACAGAGUGCAGCGUCUACCCUGCGCCGUCACAAGAGGAGGUGGCGGCACCAGCACUCCUUGGGAGUUCUGCCAAAACCAGAGCCCGAAGAGGUGGCACGCCCCUUCCUGCUGGACCAAUUUCCAGAACUCACUGGCCUCGAGCUCAAUGCACAGAACCCCAACAUUCAGGUCACCAUUGAGCUCAUGGAUCAGCCCCAGGCAGAGAACGGGAUGGCGCCAGCCAAGGUCCGUGGGGACCAGCCGCUGUCCUCAGAGACCUGGCUGGGGAACCAAAAGCUGUUCUGGCCCCUGUUCUGGGGGUACUCUGACUCAGGAGAGGAUGGGACAGGACGCAAAAGCAUGGAGGAUUCGGCUGAGGACUACACACUCGAAUAUGAUGGUGAGGAGUCAGCCCUGAGUGGGGUGGAAGGAGACUGGGACAGGCAGUGGAGCAAGGGGUGGGACUCCAACAGCACCUACGAUAAGGAGGACGACGAGUGGAGUGCCUGGUCACCAUGCAGUGCCACCUGUGGUCAAGGCGACCAAAAGCGCACACGUUCAUGUGGCUACUCUUGCACGGCAACAGAGACCAGGACCUGUGACAUUCAGCAGUGUCCAGAUGAAACUAACGCUGUGACUGAACUCAUCCCCUAUGAGACAGAGAACGGUACAGAGAUUUUCAGUGCAGAGGUGGACAGCUGUGAAAAGUGGCUUAACUGCAAGAGCGACUUCCUGCAGCGGUACCUCCAGCAGGUACUGACAGAGCUACCCAGCUGCCCCUGCUCCUUCCCCUCGGAAGUGGCCUACGGCGUGGUGGACAUCUUCGACGAAGCGCUGCAGAAACGAUACCGCUGGAACGACGCCAGCUCCCAGAAGGAGAGGCUGGAUGUGUACAAGCCCACGGCCCGCUUCUGCACACGCUCCUCGCUGGUGGCCGACAGCGGAACCCUGGCGGCCCAGCAGUGCUGCUACGACGACCGCAUGCGGCUGAUCACGCGGGGGAAGGGGGCCGGCACGCCCGACCUCAUCAGCAUCGAGUUCUCCCCCGAGCUGCACUUCAAGGUGGACGUCCUGCCCUGGAUCCUGUGCAAAGGGGACUGGACUCGAUUCCACGCGGUACGACCGCCCAACAACGGCCUGCACUGCACCGAGAACCCCCACCAGGACAUCUUCAUGAAUGAGCUGGAGGAAGCCCGGGAGUACUGAGCCCUCCCCACCCGGGCCCAAAUCUGAACCGGAGCCAGAACUGGAACCCGAGGCCUCCCAAUCUGAAAAUCCCUCCGCUGCAAAUGUUGGACAGGACCGGAGGACAAAUACACACUUGCACAUACACACACACACACACACACACACACACUCACACACAUACACACACACACACGCACACAAGGACAAAUCUUUCCAAAUGCUUACUGACCUCCACAUCAUCCAGCAUAUGAUCAGAGCUAUUGCUGUUGCCUGUAUAAUGUGUAUGUGCUGUGUCUUGCUGAGUUUUUCUAUGUCUGUGAACUGUGUCUUUUGUGGUUGUUGGUGGCAACUCCUUCUUUGAAUUUAGCUCCUUUGGAUAUUAUUGGAAAGGCUGAAUAGUGGAAAGAAGCUACAGAUAUCAUUUUGAAAGUAAUACAUGUAAUUUAUUGCUGUGUAAGUCAGGAUCUGUGGGGCUUAGCUUGACACUAAUAUGUAGUUUAAAUUCUAUAAAACAUGUAGGAAAUGGGCCAUGGACACAAGCAAGGAGACAGAAGUCAUUUUGGACUCUCUGAUGUCCUCUGCAUGAAUUUGUACAUGUGCAACUCCACACACUGUAAUUGAAUUUACAGUUUACAGAAUUGAGGUGUACAGGGGGGCUGUACAGAUGGAGCAUUCUCUGAAACAUGGCUGCCAUAUUUAUUCCAGUCAUUUAAAGACUUGUUGUUUUUGUUUUAUAAGACUGUGAUGUUUUACAAAAGGAAUUUCUGGUAAAACUGCAUGAAUUUUGAACAGAAUGUUCGCUUCAUUGUCGCAUCCCUAAAGGCCCUGCUUGGCCCCACUCCAGGGCAUUCCAUAUCAUUCCAGAAAGACCAAAUACGGUUUUGUUCUUCCACUGUGCUUAUUUGUGUAACAGAAGCACUGGGUUUGAAAUGAGAUGUGAUCCAUGUGGCAUGCCGUACAAUGUAAAUACAUGGGUAACUACAACAUUAACUGAGAUUGUGCAGAGAUAAUUCAGUGACAAGUAGUGACCCUUUCGAAUUGUAAUGACACAUUAAAUCAGCACUGAGGUGACUCUGACUCUAACUCCAGUGCUGACUGUGACUUCAACACAGACUGAAAUAACUAAUUACAAGAGUAAUCGUUCAAAAUCUUAUCUCUGAGAAAGGAGCGAGCUGUCACUGUGCAACUGUGCAGGGAAAGGGUGAUUUUUUUAGAAUCUCCACCUGACUGGUUUCACUGAUGUUUUCUUUCGCAGGUGUUCUUAAAAAACUUUUAUUUUGAAACCAUUCCCCCAUGUCGCCAUGUCUCCAGGGAGGGCCUUACACUGCCUCCCUUCAGAUGUUGGUGUCAUCUCUGCCCCCCCCCCCCCCCCCAGAACUGCAGGAGAAAAAAAGGCAGAAAAGCUUCAGGGUUUUAGUGACAUCUGUUCAAUAUUGUACUCAUUUAUUUAUUUUUUUUCUGGUUGGUUUAAGUCUGUUCAGUGGCAUUCAAGUGGCUGAAGUGUAUUUUUAAUUUUGUGUGCACCUGGAGGUAUUAUGGCCUGUGGCCUGUGUUACAAGUUCUGGAGGAACAGUAUCAGUGUAGUUUUAUGCAGUCAACAGCCUAUGCCAGUCAAUGAUGGACCACUAUUGGGACAUUAUGGCUUUCAACAGAUAAUAAAACAAGGUGAAACACAGGACUGGCUAAUAUAUAUAUAUAUAUAUAUAUAUAUAUAUAAUCUAUGAACAUUAAGGGAUGUUUCAAUAUGAAAAUGUAAGUGGUUUAAGUAUACAGUGUUCCUGAGGCUUUCUCUCCGGCAAAAUAUUUAACUGUGAAUAACUGAUAAAUAGUCAACUACUAUACAACUGUUUCUCCGCUCUUUAAAUUUUGCUUUGCCUUCAUAUGGUGAAAAACAGCCUCUGUGCUACAUUGCUGGGUUUUACACUGAAAGUUUACGUCACAAAUGUCUUUUCAGGAAAACAAUUUUAAAAAUAUGUGUUAUGACAUCUCACAUUUUGAAAAUCACGUUUUUAUGAAAGGCACUUUAUACAUGUGAAUAUACAAUAUAUAAAUAUGUAUUGUACCAACAUUUUGUAAUUUGUGUUUGUUGUCAAAGGGAUUACUUGCAAGAUAUGCUAAAAGUAAGUAAAUCCCAUAGCAUGAUCUUUUGUGAUAUUGUGUAAAAACUGGCUCUAGAUAUUUUAUUGUACAGUAUUUAUUGUAUAUGGCUUGGCUUGUUGCUGAAGCUUUUGAAAUAAAUGUAUAAAUUGAUCAGUAAUACAGACAGUGCCAAUUUAAAUCUCACAAAAUUGCAUCUUUUAAAGGGAUUUUUGCCUAAAGGGAAUUAAUUCUCAGUGCACCACCACACUUGAAGUAAGAAAUGUUUUCUAUUAAUUUUUUUCAUUCUUCUCUGCUAGCUAAAAAAAACAGUGACAAUAUAAAGACAUUUGAGAGUGUC